AAGUACUUUUCUUGGGCACUAAAGAGUUCCUUUUCUUGGCCUUUUGGUCUACUUUCGCUGCAGCUGCAGUUAAAGCCAUGCAACGCCUCCCAAAGUGGGAGAGAGAUUUUCUUCUCAAUGCUUCUAUUUAUUAGUAUGCACACGUUUUCAGUUUCUGAUAUUCUCUGUUGAUUGAUCAGAGAGAAAAAAGAGGAGAGAGAGAGAGAGAGAAAGAGAGAUGAAGAAGGAAGAUCAAGCGCGGUCCCUCUUGGGGAUAUCUUUAAGUGAUAGGCCCACUUGGCAGCAGUUCUUGAUUUGCUCUUCUGGGUUCUUCUUUGGCUAUCUUAUCAAUGGAAUUUGUGAGGAGUACGUAUAUAAUCGCCUAAGUUUCAGCUAUGGCUGGUAUUUUACUUUUGUACAGGGGUUCGUAUAUUUGGGACUGAUAUACUUACAGGGCUUCACCACGAAGCAAAUGGUGAACCCAUGGAAAACAUACGUCAAGCUCUCGGCUGUUCUUAUGGGUUCUCACGGAUUAACAAAGGGUUCCUUGGCUUAUCUUAAUUAUCCUGCACAGAUCAUGUUUAAGUCCACCAAGGUACUACCGGUGAUGGUGAUGGGGGCGUUUAUCCCUGGUUUGAGAAGAAAAUAUCCCCUUCACGAGUAUAUAUCCGCGAUGCUCCUAGUUGUUGGCCUGAUUCUUUUCACCUUAGCAGAUGCAAACACGUCUCCGAAUUUCAAUGUCAUUGGUGUUGUGAUGAUUGUGGGCGCUCUUGUCAUGGAUUCUUUUCUUGGUAACUUGCAGGAAGCAAUUUUUACCAUGAAUCCUGAGACUACUCAGAUGGAGAUGCUAUUUUGCUCAACUGUGGUCGGUUUGCCUUUUCUAUUGAUGCCAAUGAUUCUGACAGGAGAAUUGUUCAGGGCAUGGAGUUCUUGUUCUGAGCAUCCUUAUGUCUACGGCGUGCUAGUCUUUGAAGCAAUGGCUACAUUUGUUGGGCAAGUCUCUGUUUUAUCCCUCAUAGCCCUUUUUGGGGCUGCAACCACAGCUAUGGUAACAACAGCAAGAAAGGCCGUCACCUUGUUGCUGUCAUACUUAAUCUUUACAAAACCACUCACCGGACAACACGGUUCAGGACUGCUCCUCAUAGCCAUGGGAAUCAUACUGAAGCUCGUUCUUGAAAGGAAACCUCCUAAUCGGAUUGCUCGGGCCGAUUCCACCAGCAGCACACAGGCAAAUUCUCAUUUGAAAGAAGUGAACAGGGCAGAGGAAAAUGUAGAUGGGGAAGAAGAUGAAGAGAAAAGGUCACUAGUCUGAAUUCACUUUAUUGGAUUAGUUAAGAGGUAAAUGCAUUUGCGUUUUCUUGAUUCAAUCCCAUUGUGGACAUAGCCACCCUACAGAUUUACAAGUAGCAAUAGCAAGUGAUGUGCAGCAAACUGAUUGAUUGAUUCCUUCACAUUCCAUGUGAAUUCAUAGCCAAUUUGCUUCAGUUCCCCUGUAUAAUUUGGUAGGGCUUAACACUGAUAUAUUCCAAAAAUGCGACCUUCCUAGUGACUA